CAAAACACUUGAAAAAUUGAGAAAAUGAAAACACUAGGCAAAAUUUAGUGUCAAACGGGCGCUCCAAGAGAAACAUCAAGAGCCACGGAAGUCACGGAUAGUGUGUUGAUCGCAAAAAUAAAUAAAAAUACAAGAAGAACGGACGCGGUUAAGCUAGCUAGCUACAAUAAAAAAAAAAAGUGUAAGUGUAACUGGCAAAAAAAAAAAAUUUCCCAAAAAUUGUGAAAUCGCUGGGGGAAAAAUGUCCGUCCGGCAUUAAGUGAAAUUUGUUAACAAAAAUUGUUAAAUGCUAGGUGAAGUACAACGCGGGGCAAUUGUUGGCCAGGAGGCGCGGUUUUUAACGGAUUAUCGCCAGCCGCAAGUGAAAAAGAACAUUUUCGAACGGACGCCGGAAUACUACGCGCUGUUUUGUGACAAAAUACAAGGCAUUUAACGCAUUUCCUGAAUGGAAGAUACGUAAAUAAAGUCGAAUAUUUAGCGCUGGGAGUCGGAAUAGUCUUAAAAAGUAUAUGGAAACGAGCGGCGGCGCCCGAAAUUCCAUGAAAUACAAGUGGCGUUUUUUUUUUUUUUCGUCCGCUGUGGUGAGAGUGCCAAUAUUCGAGUGUUGUGUGUGUGAGUGGUGGUCUGUGUGUGUGUGUUAAAUCCACGGUAAAUAAAUAAAUAAAAUUUUAUACACACACACACACACACACACAUACGAGCGCGUACAUAGCGGUACAUAGAGCAUGUUGUGAAGUUGCGGCGCAAAAAGAAAGCACGCGAAUAAAACAUAAGAAAAAAGAAAAGAAAAAAAAAAAUGUAAUUACGCCUGCGUCUGAGAAAGUGCGUCGUUCUAUUUUGAAAUCGAUACCAAAAUAAAUUUUGUAAGAAAAGUGACAGAAAAACAAAGGCGGCAACUACAACUACAACAUAUAUCAACAACAACAACAAAAUAUAAUAAUAAUAAUAAUGAUUAGCGGGAAAUGGGAUGUAAAAAGUUCGACGACAACAAGAUGCAUCAUUGAGAUCGAGAUCACGUGGAAAGAUCAUCGAGAGUGCUGCCACCAAGGUGUGAAAGUGAAAAUCAUGUGAAAAAGAGUGCAGAAAAGAAAAGAAAAUUCAAGAAAAGAAAAGAUCAACAAGACAACAAAGAAAAAAAAUAAGGAAAAAUCAUGAAAAAUGAUAACCUAAAUAAAUCAAAUUGCUAGUCAGAAAAAAAAUAAAAAGAAAGAGAUAAUAAAAAUAAAAAACAUAAAAUACCAACAAAGAAAGAGAGGUGUAUAGAGAGAGAGAGAGAUAGAGAGUGCAUUUUGCAGUUUUCUUUAUUUUUUUAAAUUAAAAGAAAACUAUUACAAUUUAAAAAAUAUUAAAAUCAAAAAUUUUAAUCAAGAUACCAUUUGUGGGAAGAAUUCUACAAAUCUUAAAAAAGAGUUUAUGUUACAAAAGGCGGCACUAAAACAAGCGUUUCAACUUUAAAAGCGAGAAAAAGCAUUCCAACAACAACCACAACACCAACAACAACUGGAGUUUAUUAUUUUUUGUAUUUUAUUUGUUUUUUUUUUUUUGUUGCCAAAGGGAGCGGGACGAAAGGAGCGCUGGCACUGCCAUGAUUACCUAGCAGAGGUGUGGCUGAAGAGACCCACGAUAUGAACUCUUAAAAAAUACAAAAAACUAACAAAAUAUAAAGGCAAUAUACAAAAAAAAAAAAAACAGAAAUAAAAUAAAAUGCUAGAAAUACAGAAACAACACCACAAUAUGUUCAAUAUGAAACGGCAAACGAAAAGCAAAUUAAAGUUGCAAAAAAUUCAAGAAAUUUAUUUAAAAAGUGAGGCUCCAACAACAACAACAACAGGAGGAGGAGAAGGAGGAGCAACUAAUGAGGUAUUAGCAACAGCAACAACAACAACAAGAGGAGUAGCAGCAGCAGGAGAAGCAACAAGAACGCUUAGCAACAUUUGUGUCUUGUGCCGGCAGAGGAUGUCGUCGGGAACAUGUUGCUAUCGGCAAGCAGUGGAAGAAGAAGCAGUAGACUCCCCUCCCACAAGCAGUUCGCGAGAAAGCAGUUUUCGCGCCCAAAGCAGUGGAUACUGUUCAAAACUAUUAGCCGUUGUUCAAUUAAAAUUUGAGCCCUUCCUCAAGCGCAUGGCAUUUUUUAUUGGUACGGCCAAUGAAACGAGCACCUUCCACAAGCGACGUCGACGAGAGCAGCGGCAACAACAACAACAGCACACAAGAUUUCUAAAUUUUACAAAAUUCCUAUUGCUGUUACAAGCACUAGCAGCAGCUGCAACAACAAGACUGACAUCAUGCCGCAACAACAACAACAACAACAACAACAACAAUAACAAAAACAACAACCAGCAACAAUUAGCAAGUAAUCAUGCCACAUCACAACUUCAAUCAAGAAGGCAACAAAAACAUCAAUUUUGUAAUAAUUACAAUAAUCAUAUGGUGAUGAUGAGAUUUGCCGCUUUGGCAUUCAUCUGCGAGCUACUGCUCAUGAAUGUGGUGGCAGCCAUGGUCUACGAGCAGACCCAGAGGUUGCAGCAUCAACAGUUGCAACUCCCAGGGCCACCAGACGAUCUAUCCGAUAGACUGGAAGUCCUGCGCGACAAAAUACGAUUAGAAAGAGCCGCCACCGCCGCCAGCCAACCGAACCAACCGAUGCGAUUGUCAAGAGAUGAAUACCCUUGCAAAUCAAUGGACAUACGGAAUACAGCCGAUUCUGUCAACUAUCUGGCCAAUUGCACCAAGAUCGAGGGCUUCCUACUCAUAUCCCUGAUAGACGCACCACAAAUCAUAACCGGCACCUUUCCCCUUCUCACGGAGGUCACCGAGUUCAUUAUCGUGUAUCGGGUGUGGGGCCUCGAAUCCCUGGCCCAACUCUUUCCCAACCUGAGUGUUAUUCGUGGGAAUGCGUUGUUCGACGGCUACUCGCUGAUGGUCCACUCCAAUCCGAACCUCAAGUACGUCGGUCUGACCAAGCUCCGGUCGAUCACCAACGGAGGAGUAAGGAUCGAGAAGAAUGCGAAUCUUUGUUACGCAAACACCAUCGAUUGGUUGCACAUUAUGGCGGAUAAUGCCACGGCCUGGGAUGUGGCUGUGGUGAACGGAGAUCUGAGCUCCUGCGAGGCAUGUCCUGUGAAGUCCAGGUCCGGUGGCAGCGAUGACACUGGGAUCAGUUGUAAGCAGUACCCUGGCAAGAAGAGCUACUGUUGGAACUCCAACUCCUGCCAGACAAUUUGUCCGGAGAGGUGUCGUGAUAACUGCAUCGAUGAGAACACCUGCUGCAGCAAGUCGUGCCUGGCCGGCUGUGUCCGGGACAGUAAUGGCAACGAGAGCUGCAUCCGAUGCCGUCAUGUCUCGGUCAACAACACCUGCGUGGACUCUUGUCCACCAAACUAUUUCCGGUAUGAACAGCGCUGUGUUACGGCGGAGAUGUGCCUGAAGAUGGGCACGAAAUUCGAGAAUGCAGAGCUGCCGCUGGUCCCCUUCCAGGGCGUGUGCAGCACCAGGUGUCCCCUGGGCUACGAACUGAAGAAUAAGACCUGUGUCAAGUGCAUCAACUCCUGUGAGAAGGAGUGCCCGGCGACCCUGAUUGAUAGCUUGGUCCGGGCAAGGGAGUUCCACGGCUGCACCGUCAUCAACGGAGGCAAAGACAUGCCCCUGACCAUAAGCAUCAAGCGGGAAGGAGAUUCCCAUGUUAUGGAGGCCCUGGAGUAUGGAUUCUCUGCCGUGCACACUAUUAAGGGCUCCCUGAAGGUUCAUCUCACCUAUGGACUGACCUCGCUGCGUUUCUUCCAAUCCCUUCGCGAAAUCACCGGCGAGACACUGCAGGACGAUCUGUUUGCACUGUACGUGCUGGAGAACAAUGACUUGGAGGAGAUCUGGGCGCCCAAUCAGACUGUGUUCAUCCGGAAUGGCGGCGUGUUCUUUCACUUCAACCGAAGGCUCUGUGUCGCCACCAUCAACACGCUGCUGCCCAUGCUGGCCAGCAAGCCGCCGUUCUUCAACAAGAGCGAUGUGGCCACCGAUUCGAAUGGAAAUCGAGGAACCUGCGGCACCUCCCCCCUGCAAGCUCGCGUCGUGAGGGUCAACGCCAAGGCGGCCAGUGUUUGGGUAAACAAGGACAUGAUUUCGGAGGGCGAGAAGGAGAACAGCACGGCAACGAUUGUGUUCAAGGACCCGCGUGCCUUCAUCGGUUUCCAGUUCCUUCACGCCCUCGAUCCGCACGGCAACAUCACCAAGAGCAGCGACCAGCCCUGCGACGACACCUGGACGGUCAGUGCUCCGACCAAGGAUGGUCAAUACAUCUUCGAUAAUCUGCGACCAUAUACGAACUACGCCUUCUAUGUCCGCACCAUGGCCAUCUCCUCGGAGACGACCAAUGGCCAGAGCGACAUAAUUCGUUUCCGGACAGAUCCCUCCCAGCCAUCGCAAGUACGGAACGUGGAGGCAGUUUCCAACUCGGACACUACAAUUGAUAUCACUUGGAACCCACCUAGCUUUCCCUACGGCGAAAUGAGCCACUACGAAGUGGUCAUCAAGCUGAUCAACGACACCAACGAGAACCUGACCCGCAACUACUGCAAAGAUCCCAUUACCAAAUACACUGACGACGACCCGAAACCAAAGCCUGCCCUGCCGGAGAAGGUUCUGGACACCGACAACGGAAAAUGCGAUUGUGAGAAUAAGCGCAAGACCGGCGGCGCCCAGGAGUACGACGAUCGAAAGAUUCAUGUGGGCAUUGAGUUCGAGAAUGCCCUGCAGAACUUUGUGUAUGUGCGGAAGACAGUUCCGUCCGACAAGAAAGGCUCCAAUGGCACAGCCAAGGGCUCUGCCUCCGAUAUGGCAGCUUUAGAGUCGAACGCCAUCGGCGGAAAUGUUCGUCGCAAAAGAGAAAUCGAUCUUGAGCUGGAAUCCGAGAUGAUGGAUAUCCACAGCAGCUUCCUUCUCAGGCAUGUCCGGUCCACACGAAAGUCGGGACUGAAGUUCUUCCCGACGGAUACGAAGAAAGCCCACAACGAAACGAGCAAGAUGUCGGCGAACAAGAAGUUCUAUGAGAUAUUCGUGGGCAAGGUGCCGGCCAAUCAGACGUUCUUCACGUUCCUACAGCUCCAUCACUUCACCCAGUACGAGAUCUAUGUGUAUGCCUGCCGCAAGGAGAUCCAGGACAAGAACGAUUCCGAGCCACUCUGCAGUCACGCCAACGAGAUCUAUUGGAAGACAAAGAAGAAGGAUGACGCGGACACUGUUACGGAUUUGAAUGUGGAACUGGGGAAUGCCAACAAUACAAGGCCGGCGGUUAAGGUGUUCUGGAAGCCCCCAGCCGAUCCCAAUGGCCAGAUCAUCUCCUACGACCUGGAGUAUACGCUGCUGGGCGAGGGUCAGGAGCAGACCAAGUGCAUCUCCGCCUCAGAUUACAACAAUCUGACCGAGGGCUAUGAACUGAAGCUCACCGAGGGCGAGUACAGUUUCCGAGUGCGGGCCAAUACCUUCGCUGGAUAUGGAAUGUACACUAAACUGGCCUACCAGAAGGUGCCGUCGCCGCAAAGCUUUGUAAAGCACCUGAUCUGGAUACUGUGCAUCACUGUGGUGCUAGUGGCCACCGCUCUGGUGCUCGCCCUGCGUUCCCUGCGCGCCAAGAAGCGGCCCAACGAACUGCACAUCAACACGGAGGUGAAUCCCUUCUAUGCCAGUAUGCAGUAUGUGCCGGACAGCUGGGAGGUGUCGCGUGAACUCAUCCUCCAGCUGGCACCACUGGGCCAGGGAUCCUUCGGCAUGGUGUACGAGGGCAUCCUCAAGUCGUUUGCCGAUGGCGUGGAUCGUGAGUGUGCCAUCAAGACGGUGAACGAGCAUGCCACGGAUCGGGAGCGAACCAACUUCCUCAGCGAGGCCAGUGUCAUGAAGGAGUUCGACACGAAUCAUGUGGUCCGCCUCCUGGGCGUCUGUUCGCGCGGCCAGCCGGCACUGGUGGUCAUGGAGCUGAUGAAGAAGGGCGAUCUCAAGUCGUAUCUGCGCGCCCAUCGCCCCGAGGAGCGGGAUGAGGCUAUGAUGACAUAUCUGCAGCGUAUCGGUGUCACCGGCAAUGUCCAGCCGCCGACGUACGGCAGGAUCUAUCGAAUGGCCAUGGAGAUUGCCGACGGCAUGGCCUACUUGGCGGCCAAGAAGUUCGUCCAUCGUGAUCUUGCCGCUCGUAACUGCAUGGUAGCCGACGAUCUGACCGUCAAAAUUGGAGACUUUGGCAUGACGCGGGACGUCUACGAGACGGACUACUAUCGGAAGGGUAGCAAGGGCCUCCUGCCCGUGAGAUGGAUGGCGCCGGAGAGCUUGCGAGACGGUGUCUACUCCAGUGCCAGUGACGUGUUCAGUUUCGGUGUGGUCCUGUGGGAGAUGGCCACUUUGGCGGCCCAACCAUAUCAGGGUCUGUCCAACGAGCAGGUCCUGCGCUUCGUCAUCGACGGAGGAGUGAUGGAGAGACCGGAGAACUGUCCCGACCUGUUGCAUCGUCUGAUGGAGCGGUGCUGGCGGCAUAGAUCUUCGGCCAGGCCCAGUUUCCUGGACAUUAUUGGUUACCUCGAGGGUCACUGCCCCGAAACGGACUUUAAGGAGGUCUCCUUCUACCACUCGCCGGCUGGGCAGUCGCACCGCGAAAAGGAGCAGAAGGAGCGCAGCCAAAUGGAUGCUCUGGCGACGGUACCGAUCGAUCAGGAUCAACAGGACGGCGACCAGCAGGAGGAUGCCACAACGCCGUUGCGGGUGGGCGAUUUCCAGGACUUCAAGUCGAACAUGGAGCACAACUCGUCGCUGGACCAGCCAGCCGAGAGUCCCAUCGCCAUGGUCAACGACAACUCUACGCAUUCGCCCUUCAGCCUCAACUCCAGAUUCAUUUCGAGCAGUACGCCCGACGGCCAGACGGUGAUGCCCACCGCCUUCCACAAUCUGCCCGCCUCCCAGGGCGAUGAUGCGGCGCCGUACGUUCUACCGGAUGCCGAUGCCCUGGGCGAGGAGAGGGGCUACGAGAUCUAUGAUCCCAGUCCGGUUUACAAUGAUUUGCCGACGAGCCGGAGUGGCAGUACGGGCGGUGGUGGUGGGAAGCUGAGCGGCGAACAGAACCUGCUGCCGAAGAAGUACCGACAGCCGGUGGUGGUGAUGAGCAGCUCCGUGCCGGACGACGUGAUAGGAGGCUCCUCGCUGCAACCAUCCACCGCCUCGGCGGCCAGCUCGAAUGCCAGCUCCCACACGGGUCGCUAUCCCAGCCUGAAGAGGGUGGUGGCCGACACGUUUCGGAACAAGGCCAAUAUGUUCAAUCGCCACCUGUUCAACCACAAGCGCACUGGGAGCAAUGCCAGCCACAAGAGCAAUGCCUCGAAUGCACCCAGCACGAGCAGUAACUCCAAUCUGACCAGCUACCCGGUGGCCAUGGGCAAUCUGGGAACGAUUGAGAGCGGCGGCAGUGGAUCGGCGGGUAGCUAUACGGGCACGCCUCGUUUCUACACUCCCAUGGCUACGCCGGUGGGCGGUGGACUCGCCAUCAGCGACAAUCCCAACUACAAGUUGCUGGACGAGUCGAUGGGCAGCGAACAGGCCACAGUCCUAACCACGAGCAGUCCCAAUCCGAACUACGAAAUGAUGCAUCCGACGGAGGCUAUGAUCAGCGACAAUCCGAACUAUGUGGCCAUGAACGAGCCGCCGGUUCAGAUGGCCGGAGUGACCAUCAGCCACAAUCCCAACUACCAACCGAUGCAGGCGCCGCUGCACAAUCGCCAGACCAGCUCCGACGAGGACAACGAAGACGAGGAUGAGGAGGAGGAGGAGGAUGACGAGGACGAGGACGUCCACGUAGAACACAUCAAGAUGGAGCGAAUGCCGCUGAGUCGUCCCACAUCCCAGAGGACGAACUACAGCCGAACUCCGGGAUCGCGAAGUCGAAGUAGCAGCCAGACGAGACGAUCGCCAACGAAUCCCAACUCUGGCUCCGGAGGAGGAGGAGGCGCCUCGGCCAACAACAUACGCAAGGAGAACUGGCUGAGGCAGCAGAGCACGGCGCGGCCACCGCCUCCGAACGGGUUCAUCGGUCGGGAGGCGUAAUCCCAGAGGGCUAGCUAGUUGUGUAAAUAGAAUAGGGGAGGCGGGCAGAUAGAGAGGGUAGCAGACUUUUGCCGCAAGCCGAGUUGCAACCUGGGGUGGCAAGUUCAUGUCAUUGGUAGGGUUGGACUCAUAGGACAGUUGUGGAUGAUACAGGAUCACUUUGAUUAGGCAAGCACAAGGAUUCAAAAUCUAUAAGUAGAUCGCAUUCGAAAUACCUCAUAAAGAGGUAUCAUUAUUUUUUAUUAGACAAUUUUGAUGUCCUCAUGGAAGAUUAAUUUUUACUGAAUGAAAUUCAUAGAAUUUCUCCGAUUAAGAAAAUUAAAUGAAUUUAAGGAAUGAAAAAAAAAAUAUAAUUUUUAAAGAGUGAUCCAGAAGAUAGUGAUCCAUGAUAGUCCUAUGAUUCUCAAACCAAAAACGAGAAACUAGCGACCCCUAGUAGUACUUGUAUAUAAAAUAUUGCCAAUAGUUUCGAUUAAGCCUAUUUAUGUUUACGUAUUCGUUUAGUAUUUACACAUUUUUUGUUUUGUUUAAAAAAAUGAAUUAGAGAGCAGAAAGUAAAGAACGGAGCAGUGAAAACAGAAAAGAAAAUAGAAGAAAACGAGUAAACAAGUCCUACAUGCAAAUAACAAAAGUACAAAAGCCAACAACCAACCAACCUAAGUACCGUUUAAAUAGACAUACAAAUUCUACCAAUUAUAACUUAUAAAUCAUACCAACUACGUACAUACAUACUAGUACAUAUAUUAAUUAUGAUAAUUUUUAGUACCUACCAAAAUCGCAGCAAUCAGAGGGCGAGGGAAACAAUAGAAAAGCAAUACAGAACCACAAACCACAAAUCAGAACUAGAACCAUAACCAGAACCAAGAUGAUGAAAAGCAAAAAAAUACUGUCUUCACUGAGUUAUAAGGAUACAAAUUAAUUUUAAAUUAUAAAUUUUUAAAUGCGUGACGCAUCGCCUUGCGAGCAACUAACUUUUUAUUUCAUUUACUUCUCGUAUAAAAUUCUUUUCUUUUUAAACGCUUAAAUGUAAUUAUUUAUUUUUGACCCGCAACCUGUACAUAGAAAUGUAUAACUGAAAGAAAAAAAAGAGAAAAAAAAAGGCAAAAGUUCAGGCUCCUUGUUGUGGGGAAUAGGACUAUAAGUAUCUAUAACUAUAUCCUCAGAUCAGGUCUAUAUAGCUAUAUGACUAUCAGAGAGCGCAGCAAGCAAAGGAGAAAACUUUUGUUUCUAAUUUUGUUCUAAAUUAAUUUGCGUUGAAGCCAAGCUUCGGAAGAAAAUUUCAAAAUAAUUAAGAAGAAUUAAGAAGAUAUAACGUAAUUUCAAAAAACAGAGAGCUUAAGUAACUGAUGCAUCAUAAUUAUUGUAUACAAUCUGCUGUCGUUUUUUAUACAAAAAAAAAAAAAAAAAAGAAAAUUAAUAAUGCUAUAUACGAUGAGGAAAAUUUAGAUAAAUCCAAUAGACUCAAAUACAACAUUUUUUCAACUAGACCUAAUUAAUUAAUAAUCUGCCAUACGCCAUUAACUCAAAUAUGAACAAGAAACCGGACGGAUUUUUUUCUAUAUUAUUUAAUUAUUCAAAUGAAAUAGUACAUAGUCAAAACAAUAGACAAAUUCUAUAUCGAUUGUACCCCAUAGAUAUAUUUACACACACACACAAAAACACACCCACACACCUACACAUUAAUUAAGAACUGAACGUGAUAUGUUUGCUGAGUGUACUAUCCUGACAGUUCUAGGAUGAUGAUUUCUUGAAAAAAAAAAAAAAAAAACAAACUGAAUCACACACAACAUUCUCUAACAGUCCAAUAUAAAAAGCAAUAGUUGACUUUUUUAUCAAGUCCAACCAUAUAUAUGAUUACCGUUAAUCAGCAAACAGCAACAGUAACAGUAAUAGUAACAGUAACAGUAACAGUAAUAGUAACAGUAACAGUAAAAAAUUUAAUAUUUAACGACAACAACUGCAACAAAUGGAAUUUUUAAACGAAAAAACAACAACAAAAGUAUUCGAUAUUUGCCUUCGCUCUUUAUAUUAUUAUAUUUAACUACUAUAUACAUAAAUAAUUAAUUAACUACCAAUUAAUAGAAUGAAAAGUGAAAACGAAAACGACACACAUGAGCAUGAUGUGUAAAGUUUUUUGUUUUUUUGUUUAUUUUUUUUUAUACAUACUAUAUAUGCAAAGCGAAAACAUGGAAACUAAAUAUUUAAAUGAAUUAUACAAAAAAACGCUUAGAUUGUAAACAUUGUAGGAAUUAGUGAGAGGGAAAGUGAGGAAAUUAGUGAGAGAAAGCCGGCUGCAGAAAGGCUUCAAAUAAUUAAAAAAACAAAAAAUACAAAAAACAAAACAAAAAGGAAGAAAAGAACUAGUGCUAAUUAUAUAAACAAAACUGGGAAGCAAGCGAUAUUUACACUGAAAAAAAAAAAAUUAAAAAUACAAAAGAAAAACAAAAAAGAAACACAAACGUAAAAAAUUAAAUUAACUAUGUAAUACGCUAAAUAUAUAACGAAAUAGAUAUUGUACACACACACAUGCACACAGAUACCCAUAUACACGCAUUACAUAACACAUAUAUAUACACACAUACACACACACACACACUAAAAAGACUGAAAGAUAUAGUUCCUUUUGUUUUUAUGUACAUAAUGAGGAAAAGAAAAAAGAGAAAUUGUAACAAAAAUUGUAAACUUAAAGCGAUGAUAGGAGGAGGGUGGUCGUAAAAACAAUUAAUGGAAUUAUACAUUAAACAAGUUAAAUUAAAUGAAAAAAUUUAUAAAAUGAUAAAAGAAGCAGCAAAGCAUUAUGCAACAUUAUGUAACAUGUAACAUUUAGUAGUCGAAUUAACUAAAUUUUGUAACAUAAAGUGGACAUGUGAGCGCAUUCGCGACAACGCCAAAUAUCAAUUUAUUAUAUAGCGAUAUAUAUCCAGGAUCGUUUGGCCGUUUUUCGCUGCUUUAAUGUACAUAAAUGCAAACAUUUGAAUAAACAGUACCAUUUAAACAACUUAUUGUAAACUAAAUACCCAUAAAUAUUGUAAACAAAACAGAAAAUGAGCAAAAAAAAAAAAACAGAAAAGCUUCAAUAUUUUUAUUAUUUCUAAUUAAAGAUAAUUGUAAAAAUAAUGCUAAGUUAAUUGUUUCCUGUUUGUUUAAGCAAAAAAAAAAAAAAGUAAUAAAAUUAAAAAAAGGAAAUAUAAAUAAACUGCAACAACUAUA